AUGUUGACAGACAGACAGAGGGGCGGAUGCAGCCUACCUCCUGGGCAGUGAGCUGCGGUCUGAGGCCCCUGCCCAGCUGGAAACCACAGGGAGGGGAAGGGAGGGGAGGAGAGGAGAGGAGAGGAACCGUCAUGGGGCCUUGGAGUCGAGUCAGGGUUGCCAAAUGCCAGAUGCUGGUCACCUGCUUCUUUAUCUUGCUGCUGGGCCUCUCUGUGGCCACCAUGGUGAUUCUUACCUACUUCGGGGCCCACUUUGCUGUCAUCCGCCGAGCAUCCCUGGAGAAGAACCCGUACCAGGCUGUGCACCAAUGGGCCUUCUCUGCGGGGUUGAGCCUGGUGGGCCUCCUGACUCUGGGAGCCGUGCUGAGCGCUGUAGCCACCGUGAAGGAGGCCCAGGGCCUCAUGGCGGGGGGCUUCCUGUGCUUCUCCCUGGCGUUCUGCACACAGGUGCAGGUGGUGUUCUGGAGACUCCACAGCCCCACCCAGGUGGAGGACGCCAUGCUGGACACCUACGACCUGGUAUAUGAGCAGGCGAUGAAAGGCACGUCCCACGUCCGGCGGCAGGAGCUGGCGGCCAUCCAGGACGUGUUUCUGUGCUGUGGGAAGAGGUCUCCUUUCAGCCGUCUGGGGAGCACAGAGGCUGACCUGUGUCAGGGAGAGGAGGCGGCGAGAGAGGACUGCCUUCAGGGCAUCCGGAGCUUCCUGAGGACACACCAGCAGGUCGCCUCCAGCCUGACCAGCAUCGGCCUGGCCCUCACGGUGUCCGCCUUGCUCCUCAGCUCCUUCCUGUGGUUUGCCAUCCGCUGUGGCUGCAGCUUGGACCGCAAGGGCAAAUACACCCUGACCCCACGAGCAUGUGGCCGCCAGCCCCAGGAGCCUAGCCUCUUGAGAUGCUCCCAGGGUGGACCCGCACAUUGUCUCCACUCCGAAGCAGAUGCUAUUGGUCCAAGAGGAUGCUUGGGUAGUCUUCGGUGGCUGCAGGAGAGCGAUGCUGCGCCUCUGCCCCUCUCCUGCCACCCGCCUGCCCACAGAGGUGAAGACGCCCCUGCUGUCAGCCCUCAUGGGAUCCCUGAGGGGAGGGUCCGAGCUGUGAGGAGGGAAGGGAGUGAAGGCCCAGCCAGAGAGCCAGGCUCCAUUGGGAACAGAUGCAAGGGUAAGGGGUAGCUCACCAAAUCCCUCCAUGGGAACGGGCUGGGUGCAAGCACAAAUGAAGCCACACUGGAGGCAGCAGCCCAGGGCAGACUGCAAGACACUGGUGGCCCACGGCCUGGAGGGCUCCACCCAGACACAAGCUGCACUGGUUUUCUAUGCUGCGUAAGAAGCAGCACGGAUGUAAGGACUGCAAGCAGUGCCCAUUUAUGAUCUCGCAGCUCUCCAGGGCAGAAGUCGCGGUAGGCUCAGCGGGUGCCCUGAGCGGGGUCUCUCAGACUGACGUCAGGCCUUGGUGGGCUGCACUCUCACCUGGAGGCUCCGGGGAAGCAUCUGCCUCCAGGACCAUUCAGGCUGUUGACAAGUCAACUGCUCAUGGCUGUAGGACUGAGGUUCCCACGUCCUUGUCCCUGGUCCUGUGGUCCCUCCACCUUCAAACCAGCAAUGGUGCAUUGAGCAAAUUGUGGUCAAAUAUACAUCACAUCAAAUUUA